AUGGUAGAGAUGCUAGAGAUGCUUCCGCGGGCAUGGUUUCUGUUCCUUUUCUCGCUCUUCCUCUUGUUUGUGCAUUAUUAUUGGUUCACUGUGAAUGGGAAAACAGGAAAAGAGGAGCAGCGAGAGAACCGCCUCCCGCCUUCUCCACCGGCACUGCCCAUCAUCGGGCACCUGCACCUUCUCGGCUCUCUCCCGCACGUCUCCCUCCGCGCCCUCGCUGCAAGGUACGGCUGCGACGGCCUCAUGCUCCUCCGUCUCGGCGCCCUGCAGGCGCUCGUGGUGUCAUCGCCGCGUGCCGCAGAGGCGGUGCUGCGCACGCAUGACCACGCCUUGGCAUCGCGGCCCCACUCAGUGGCAUCCGACAUCAUCUUGUAUGGCUCAUCCGAAGUCGCCUUUGCGCCAUAUGGUGAGCACUGGCGGCGGGCAAAGAAGCUCCUCAUGAACCACGUAUUGAGUGUUAAAAAGGUGCAGUCUUUCCGCACCGUCGCCAUGGAGGAGGUAAGCUUUUAA